AUGGCGUUUGUGACAGUGCUGGCAGACCUGCAAGGGAGGUGGGGAGCUAGCUGUCCCAUCUGUCUGGACUACUUGAAAGACCCAGUAACCAUCAGCCACGCUCAUAACUUCUGUCACUCCUGUAUCAGUAUGUCUUGCAAGAGUCUAGAUGACAGUUUCCCCUGCCCUUUUUGCCACUUUUGCUGCCCUGAAAGGAAAUUUAUAAGCAAUCAACAGCUGGGUAAUUUGACUGAGAUGGCAAAGCUAGUCCAAGUAAGGGGAACCAAGAGGAAGCGGCAGGAGGAGACGCUUGUGUGUGAGAAGCACAAUCAGGUUCUGACCUUAUUCUGUGAAAAAGGCCAAGAGGUUUUAUGUCUGCAGUGCAAUUCCUCUGCAGGUCACCAGCAUCGGUGUGUUUGGCCCAUAGAGAAGGCCGCACCCAUUCAUAGGAAAAAUUUGAAGUGUUACAUUGCAGCAUGGGAGGAGAGUGUAGGACUAUUUGGAAAAGUGUUAACUGUGCAAACCAGAAAAUCCCUGGAACUGGAAGAAAAAAAGUAA